CUAAUUCUUAAUAUGACUUUAAAUUUGAAAUUAAGCAAGAUCUUCUUCCAAUUUUCAUGUUUAAUCUAUCAAUUAUCAAACAAAACAAAACCAAAAAAAUGAAAGGAAAGGAAACUAGGAAAGGGGCUUAGCUCAAUUCUCCUAAUACUGGACCCCACGUAAGAACUCACCACCCUAUCCCUCCCUUUCUCUCUUCUGCCUCCAAUUUUCCUGCCCUAACUUUCCCGGAAAAAUAAAGGACGGACGGAGGGAGGGAGAGAAAAAGAAAGCUAUGAAGGAAAGCCGCGAAAUUCCGGCUUCCACCACUGCUGCUACCCCUGAACUUUUCUCACCAGCCCAACACUCCCCUCCGCGAAUGACCUGAGAGCGCACACAAGCAAGCGCGAGCAACAUUAAGAAGAAGAAGGAAGAAACGCAGAAUUAGUUGGACUGAUCGUUCUGUCUGACGUCAUUUUCCGGCGGGAGCGGGAGGGGAGGGUGGAAUGGGUGCGUCGCUAUCGAACCUGACGGAAGGUGCGAACGGCGCGGCCAUAGGGCCAGGGCUCGGCGACAUACCGGAGAGCUGCGUGGCUUGCGUCUUCACCUACUUGACGCCGCCGGAGAUUUGCAACCUCGCGCGGCUCAACCACGCGUUCCGGGGCGCGGCGUCGUCGGACUCCGUUUGGGAGAAGAAGCUUCCGAGGAACUACCUGGAUCUGCUCGAUUUGCUGCCUUCCGACCGCCACAAGGACUUGUCGAAGAAGAAGGACAUCUACGCUCUCCUCUCCAGGCCCGUCCCCUUCGACGACGGCAACAAGGAGCUAUGGUUGGACCGAGUUACGGGGAGGGUUUGCGUGUCGAUAUCGGCAAAAGGCAUGGCCAUAACCGGGAUCGAGGAUCGGCGGUACUGGAAUUGGGUUGCUACUGAAGAAUCCAGAUUCCACGUUGUGGCCUAUCUACAGCAAAUAUGGUGGUUCGAAGUAGACGGGGUUGUAAAGUUCCCUUUCCCUCCUGAUAUCUAUACACUAACCUUCAGGCUUCACCUUGGAAGAUUUGCCAAACGUCUCGGAAGACGUGUAUGUCAUUUCGAUCAAACCCAUGGCUGGGAAAUCAAACCAGUCCGGUUCGAGUUGUCCACAUCCGACGGCCAGCAGGCAUCGUCUGAAUGCUGUCUGGACGAUACCGAUGAACUUGACGAAGAGUAUGGCAAUCACAAGCGUGGCUACUGGAUCGAGUACAAGGUGGGCGAGUUCGUGGUGACCGACUCAGACCCCACGUCCGAGGUUCGGUUCUCUAUGAAACAGAUCGAUUGCACACAUUCCAAAGGUGGGCUUUGUGUAGAUUCUGUAUUUAUCAUACCCAAUGACCUGAAGGAGCGUAAAAGAAAAGGAGUAGUCAAGUAGGGCAAAAGAACCAGAAAAACAGGAUUUGAAUGUUGUUUUAGGUUUGUCGUAUAUACAGCUAUACUAAAAAGUGAAGUCAGUCGAUGAGUUUAGAGGGUUGCCUUCAUAAUUUGUUUAUCUCCUCAUGUAAUAUGCCUACGUUUACUACUUACUAUCAUCUCAUGUAAUAUCUUUGCUAUGCUGUAUUAACCAAAGUUUUGCUGCAUUUUGUUCGCACCUCGGCAGAAAGGGUUUUCAAAAGGAAAAUUGCUUUGAUCCUCUCUCAUCACUUUUUUUUGCUGGUGAUUUCGUUUCGGGCAUUACUCUAGUGAU